AGCACUGCCAGCAAGUGUGGGGUGAGAGCUCCUCCUGGGACACCCCUUACCCUCGGGGAAGGAACUGAGCCCCCCCAGGCUCUUCCCCGGGAGAGGACCCCCUCCUCCUUCCUCAUCAACCCCUCCUGGGGCAGGGAGCACCUCCAUCCGCACCCCCGCCCCCGUCUGGCCCCGGAGACAGACAAGCUGAGAUGACCAUCAAGCUGGAUUUCGAGGAGUGUCUCAAGGACUCACCCCGCUUCCGAGCCUCCAUCGAGCUGGUGGAAGCCGAGGUGUCGGAGCUGGAGACCCGGCUGGAAAAGCUCCUGAAGCUGGGGAACGGCCUCCUGGAAAGCGGGCGCCAUUACCUUGCUGCUAGCCGCACCUUUGUUGCUGGCAUUUGUGACCUGGCCCGCCUGGGUCCACCAGAGCCCAUGAUGGCGGAGUGUCUGGACAAAUUCACCGAGAGCCUCAACCACAAGCUGGAGAGCCACGCGGAGCUUCUAGAUGCCACCCAGCACAUGCUGCAACAGCAAAUCCAAACCCUGGUCAAGGAGGGUCUCCGGGGUUUCCGAGAAGCUCGCCGGGAUUUCUGGAGGGGGGCCGAGAGCCUGGAGGCUGCUCUCAUCCACAACGCAGAGGUCCCCAGGCGCCGGGCGCAGGAGGCCGAAGAGGCUGGAGCUGCCUUGAAGACGGCGCGGGCGGGGUACCAGGGGCGAGCCCUGGAUUAUGCACUGCAGAUCAACGUGAUUGAGGACAAGAGGAAGUUUGACAUCAUGGAGUUUGUGCUGCGUCUGGUGGAGGCCCAGGCUACCCAUUUCCAGCAGGGCCACGAGGAGCUGGGCAAGCUAGCCCAGUAUCGCAGGGAGCUGGGCGCCCAGUUGCACCAGCUGGUCCUGAAUUCGGCGCGCGAGAGGAGGGACAUGGAGCAGAGACACGUGCUGCUGAAGCAGAAGGAGCUUGGUGGGGAAGAGCCACAGCCAAGCCUGAAGGAGGGGCCUGGUGGGCUGCUCAUGGAAGGCCAUCUCUUCAAGCGGGCCAGCAAUGCAUUUAAGACCUGGAGCAGACGCUGGUUCACCAUUCAGAGCAACCAACUGGUUUAUCAGAAGAAGUACAAGGACCCCGUGACCGUGGUGGUGGAUGACCUUCGCCUCUGCACAGUGAAGCUCUGCCCGGACUCAGAGAGGCGGUUUUGCUUUGAGGUCGUGUCCCCCAGCAAGUCCUGCCUCCUGCAGGCUGACUCCGAGCGCCUCCUCCAGCUGUGGGUCAGCGCUGUACAGAGCAGCAUCGCCACGGCCUUCAGCCAGGCUCGCCUCGAUGACAGCCCCCGGGGACCCGGCCAGGGCUCAGGAUACCCGGCCACAAGCUCCUCGGCUACCCUGGGCUGUGGCGGGAUGGCCCGGGGCAGGGAGCCCGGUGGAGCUGGGCAUGUGGUAGCCCAGGUGCAGGGUGUGCACGGCAAUGCACAGUGCUGUGACUGCCGGGAGCCAGCCCCAGAGUGGGCCAGCAUCAACCUGGGCGUCACCCUCUGCAUCCAAUGCUCCGGCAUCCACAGGAGCCUCGGGGUUCACUUUUCCAAAGUCCGGUCUCUGACCCUUGACUCGUGGGAGCCGGAACUGGUGAAGCUUAUGUGCGAGCUGGGGAAUGUCGUCGUCAACCAGAUCUAUGAGGCCCGCGUGGAGGCCAUGGCCGUGAAGAAGCCAGGGCCCAGCUGCUCCCGGCAGGAGAAGGAGGCCUGGAUUCAUGCCAAGUACGUGGAGAAGAAGUUCCUGACCAAGCUUCCUGAGGUUCGAGGGCGAAGAGGUGGCCGGGGGCCCCCCAGGGGUCAGCCUCCUCUGCCCCCCAAGCCUUCCGUCAGGCCCCGGCCAGGGAGCCUCAGAGCCAGGCCAGAGCCCCCCUCCGAUGACCUGGGCAGCCUCCACCCCGGGGCCCUGCUGUUUCGAGCUGCCGGGCACCCUCCAUCCCUCCCCACCAUGGCCGAUGCCCUCGCCCACGGAGCCGAUGUCAACUGGGUCAACGGCGGUCAGGAGAAUGCCACUCCGCUGAUCCAGGCCACAGCUGCUAAUUCUCUUCUGGCCUGUGAGUUUCUCCUCCAGAACGGGGCGAACGUGAACCAAGCGGACAACCACGGCCGUGGGCCGCUCCACCAUGCAACCAUUCUGGGCCACACGGGGCUGGCCUGCCUGUUCCUGAAACGGGGGGCCGAUCUGGGAGCUCGGGACUCUGAAGGCAAAGACCCUCUCACGAUCGCCAUGGAAACGGCCAACGCUGACAUCGUCACCCUGCUACGCUUGGCAAAGAUGAGAGAGGUCGAAGCGGCCCAGGGCCAGGCAGGAGACGAGACGUAUCUGGACAUCUUCCGCGACUUCUCGCUCAUGGCGUCGGACGACCCGGAGAAGCUGAGCCGGCGCAGUCACGACCUCCACACGCUCUGAUCCCAGACCUCCGCGGUCCCGCGCCCCCGGCCCCCGGCCCCCCUCUCCCCCACCCCCGCCGGCCCCUGGGCCAUUAAAGCCUCUGUGCUGUGCGCUUC